AAUUGUGAUUUUGUGAAACCAAAUAUCGAUGGUUAGGGUUUCGUCGCCGGGAAACAGUGUUGAAAGAGGUAAACGUCUGAAGUCAAAACGGAAACAUAUUGAAGAUGAUCGUGUGGAUGUAGUUGAAAGAGAUACAUGCCUGAAAUCGGAACGGAAACAUGUUGAAGGUGACCUUGCAGAUGGUGUUGAAAGAGCUCUGAAAUCGGAACGGAAGCAUGUUGAAGAUGAUGGUGUUGAAAGAGGUAUGCAGCAUAAAUCGGAACAGAAAUAUGUCUCACGCUCUGAGUACAAGAAAAAGGCACAGAUUAGAAAAGAACAAUUCAGAAUCAAGGCACGGAUUAGAGAAGAAAAAAUCAGAAACGCCAUGGCUAACUAUAAAAGACGCUCUGAAAACCUAACUCCCUUUGAUGCAAUUGCUUCUCCAGCAAUAGCACAUUUAGGCGGUGGUGUCAGUCCCAUUUCCAUAAAUGCAAAUCGCUCUAUUCUCACUAGACUUUCAAAAAUUGCUUUGGAAAAGUACAAUGCUGACAACAAUCAGGAUCCAAAAUUUGUGUUUGAUGAGCUUGUCAAGUCCACCCUAGCAUGUUGUAGUGGUGGAAUGUAUUAUAUUACCUUUAAAGCAAAACAAUGUGCUUCCAAUAAUCCUGCUACAAUUUUCCAGGCCAAAGUCUGGAACAAAAGGCCUGGGCCGCCUGAGGUCAUGUCCUGUGCCAUCAAAACCGACUAACCAUGGUAAUAAUGUUGAAUGACUUGUUCUUGGAUGUUUG